AUGCACACAUCAUGCUUGCGCUUGCUGCACUCUUCGCUUUCACUUGUCUUGGCUUCUUUCCUCACUGCUCUCUCCUCUGCCCCCCUUCACUCCCCCGUUUUCCUCCCCCCCUCCUCCCUUCCUCUCUCUGUCCCAACCCGCCCCCUCCCGUCCCAGCAGGUCGCUCACACGGGAGUGGCAGUGGUGGGAGGGGAGGGGGGCAGCACUCCACUCGGCUGGGAUGGGAUGGGAGAGCCCUCACAAGCCAGGGGGGUUGCAGCAGGCGAGCAGCAGGCGAGGGGAGCACCAGGGCGGGCAGCAGGAGCGCAGGCAGCGGGGCAGCUGCGCCGGCCUCAUCAACGGUUGAGGUUGCAGUAUCGCCCCUGCCACCACACUCCACUCGAGCCCACUCCCCCUCAGGUUCAGGUCCGUCCCUUCAAGCCACGCUCGCCCUGCCCACUCUCCAUUGAAGCACCCCCUCCGCCUGCACCACACAAUCAGCUAAGUACUGUGGCGGGGAGGGGUGUGGGGUCAACACCGAAACUCCCUCACGCCCCUCCCCUGUGGCCGUGCAGGGAGGAGGCACCUGGAGGAGGGCUGCUGCGGAGGGAGGCAGCUGGUGUUGCUGCAGCUGCCUUGAGCUCGCCCUCACGCUAUCAGCUAAGGGCGCACACGGGAAGGCUGGGAGGAGGGCUGCCGUGGAGGGAGGCAGCUGGUGGUGCUGCAGCUGCCUUGAGCUCGCCCUCACGCCACCAGCUAAGUGCAAGUCCCCCCGUCAGGUGGAGGGGAGGGGCGUUGGGGUCAACACCGACGCUUCCCCACGCCCCUCCCCUGUGGCCGUGCAGGGACUCGUGGGGACGGGAGGGAGGCAGCACUGCAGCAUGGCAAUCCCACUGCAGCAAGGGAGAGUAUUGGGAUGGGCUUGGCCUCUCAAGGUCGCUGGCAAUGCAGCAGAGGCAUCUGACGGGACCAGUUGUGGCAGCAUCAGCAGCAGGGAGCACUGGUGCAGCAGGGGAGGGGAGGGAGGGGGAAGGCGGCAUCUCCAGGGAGGCGGCUCUUCAGCUGCCAGCUAAGUGCUUUCGCCUCCCUGGACUCACUCUUGCCUGCUGCUCACUGCUCAUGCUGAAUUACUCAUGUCGUUUUCGCAUGGGCUUGUGUGUUUUAUCCCUGAAUACUCGCCACUGCUUGGGCCCGGUUCACAUGCUACAGACCCCCACUCUUCAGGUGCAGGUAACCCUCUCAGGUGCAGGUAACCCACGGGGAUGGGAUGGGAGGGCGGCAGCACUGCAGCAGCUUGCAGUUGGUGCCACAAGGGAGAGUAUUGGGGUGGGCUGGCCUCUCAAGCUUAUGCGUUUCUGUGUUGACUUUAGUGUUUCUGUUCACGUCACCUUCUGCCCUUUCUCUCCUGCCCCCCUCCCCCCCUAUCUGCCCGCCACCAGGCUGAAGCACCCUGCCUGGACCACUGAGGAGUCUCUCCCUCCCCUAAUCCCCCCUUCUCUCUCCACUUCCCAGCAGCCUCAGCAUCAUGGCGCUCUGCACGGCUGUGGUAGGUACAGUCGGUGGAAGGGAAGGGUGCUGAAGCUAGUGUGGCGUGCUAUAGUGCGGUGUGCUAAAGUGUGUGUGCUGUUUUCUGUGGUGUGCUAUAUUGUGGUGUGCUAUAGUGUGGUGUGCUAUAUUGUGGUGUGCUGUUCUAUAGUGUGUCAUGGCUUUGAGUGCUGGUUGUGGCAUGACAUGGUGUGGCAUGCCAUGGUGUGGCAUGCCAUGGUGUGGCAUGACAUGGGGUUUCGCAAGGUGGAUCCAGACCGAUGGGAGUUCGCGAACGAGGGUUUCCUGCGAGGCCAGCGACACCUCCUUCGCACAAUCCAGCGUCGCAAGCCCGCGUCGCAGACGGGAGCCGCAGCGACGAACUCCUCCCUCCCCCACGGCCACCCACACUCCCCCGCGCCGCUCCACGGCGCGCUCCCCGUCCCCGCGUCGCCCAGUCUAGUCGAGGUCGGCAAGUUCGGCCUAGAAGGCGAGGUGGAGAGAUUAAAGCGCGACAAGAAUGUCCUCAUGCUUGAACUCGUGCGACUGCGGCAGCAGCAGCAGCAGCAGGCGAGCACGAUGCAGGUGAUGGAGCAGCGCGUGGCGAUGAACGAGCAGCGGCAGCAGCACAUGAUGACUUUCCUCGCCAAGGCCGUUCAGAACCCCGCGUUCCUCGCGCAGCUCAUGCAGCACCAGACGGACCACGCCAAGCGCACGCACGCGCACGCCGCCAUGGGGCGCAAGAAGCGGCGGAUCUCCAAGCAGGACGGCGGAAACUCCCCGCCGUCGGGGUCCUCCUCCCCCAGUCUGCACCCCGAGGGUCAGAUUAUCGCCUUCUCCCCUGCCGCAGCCGAUCCUUCCAUGUUCCUUCUAGAGCAGUUCUUCCCGGUGGGCAGCACUGCCGCCGCCACUGCACCCGCAGCAGCGCCGCCAGCAAUACCAGUUCCCACCCCUCACCCUGGCAUUCCCCGGCCCUUUCCCAUGCCGUUCACUCCCCUCCCCAUGACCUACCCCCCUUCCCACCCCACCGCCGCCGCCGCUGCAGCCGCCGCCGCCGCCGCCGCCGCCGCAGCAGCAGCAGCGACAGCGACAGCAGCAGGAAGCGGAUACCCCGCUGCAGCGCCAAUGGUGCCCACACCCCCGGGGUACCCCCCCGUGCUGCCCCCGCCUCCCCCUGGCAUGGACCUAUCACAGAGCCUGCUGGUGCCGCUCGGGUUGGCUGUGGAAGGCAGCAGGGUAGCGACAGGAGAGGCGUCCGGGGCGGGGGAAUGCAGCAGUGCAGCAGGCGGUGCAGUGUCGAGUGGGAAAGCGCGAGGAGACGUGGUGGGGGCAGGGGCAGGGGAGAUGGCGGGAGAAGCAGGUGUGGUUGGGGGAGGAGGUGUUGGGGAGGGAGUGGGCGGGGAGGGAAUAGGGGAAGGCAUAGGGGAGGGGGAUGGGUUGGAUCUGGAAGUCACCAUGGCUCCUCUAGUUUCUCCAAAAGGCGCGCUCGUCCUCGGGCUGCUCUUUGCGUCCGCGCUCCUCACUCUCGCCGCCCGACCGAAAUGCGUGCUGUACUCGAAUUGGGACUUGACGGACAAGCAGCAGACGCAGUCGAAGAAGGGCGGCAAGUCCUCCAAGUCGCUGCCCACUGGCAGACUCACCAUCAAGGAGUACAAGGGCAGCGACGACGAGUCGUUCGACCUGCAGGUGACUGCGGAGGUCAGCGAGUUACCCGAACCCCCGGUGGGGAUCGUGAUUGGAAAGGGCAAGUUCGGCAGCAACACGGGCGUCUCGUGGUACAUCAACAAGCCGUGGAGCGGCGGCGGCGGCUCAUACAAGCUCGACUUCAAGCUGACGGCCAUUGAGAAGAUCAAGCCACGUGGCGGCAGCGGGACCAUCCUGGAGGUGCUGCAGGCCGUGGAUAAGGGUGUCGUGUCGGAUUACCACACCGCUGUUCUCACCAAGUCGACCAGGAAAUCCGGUGGCCUCGUUGGUGGCGGGUUCGUCAAAGGCUUCCCCAAUAUUCUGCCCAUGUUCAGUUGCUGA